GCUGGCCUGCAGACCCCGGCCUGGAAUGAGGUGCUGGAAGAAACCAGAGGAGGUUUCUUCAGAGCGGAGCGCAUUCAGCCCAAGGGGGCCUGGCCUGGGUUUCUCUUCCAGUGUUGAGGUUGUUGGUAGACAGGGCAGGUGGCUACUGUGCCUCACCAGGAGUCCUCCCCACCUGGGAGUGAGGUCACACCAGGGACUGGGGCCAGAUGGCUGGGGAAUGGGCUUGCUAAUGGUUGGACGAGCGUUGUGCCCGCCUCCACCUCAGUAUGCAGCUCCGAUGAGACACAGAAUUGAAGGCUCGAGGAGGAGCUGGGGCCCGCAGCAGGCCUCUCCUUCCGAUCGAGAGGAACGCGAACGUCCACAGGAAUAAAUGGAAGGACGCUGGCAUUGAAGCUGGAGUAUUCACAAGGCCUAACGUGGACGCAGCCCACAGUUGUCUGCCAGCGAUGGGUGGGUGUGUGGACCACUGUGGCCGCCGUACAGUGGAGUGGGUUCAGCCCGAGAGAGGAGCCGCGCGCCGCCGCACCAUACUGUGUGGAAGAGCCAAACGCUGGACAGAUGCGGCCCCUCUCCGGGCAGAGCACGCGGCAGCGAGUCCCGAGGGACAGAAAGGAGUUGAGAGGCUGCAGGGCCCGGCCGGGGGAAUGCGUGGUGACUGUCGUGGGCUCGUGGGCUUUUUGAGGGACCCGGACAUGGAGCUGCGGGAAGAAGCCUGGUCUCCGGGGCCGCUGGAUUCUGAAGACCAGCAGAUGGCGAGUCACGAGAACCCAGUGGACAUCCUUAUCAUGGAUGACGACGACGUCCCCAGCUGGCCUCCCACCAAGCUGUCCCCGCCCCAGUCUGCGCCCCCAGCCGGCCCCCCUCCCCGGCCGCGGCCGCCCGCCCCCUACAUCUGCAACGAGUGUGGCAAGAGCUUUAGCCACUGGUCCAAGCUGACGCGGCAUCAGCGCACGCACACCGGCGAGCGGCCCAACGCCUGCGCCGACUGCGGCAAGACCUUCUCGCAGAGCUCACACCUGGUGCAACACCGGCGCAUCCACACGGGCGAGAAGCCCUACGCCUGCCUGGAGUGCGGCAAGCGCUUCAGCUGGAGCUCCAACCUCAUGCAGCACCAGCGCAUCCACACGGGCGAGAAGCCCUACACCUGCCCCGACUGCGGCCGCAGCUUCACGCAGAGCAAGAGCCUGGCCAAGCACCGGCGCUCGCACAGCGGCCUCAAGCCCUUCGUGUGCCCGCGCUGCGGCCGCGGCUUCAGCCAGCCUAAGAGCCUCGCGCGUCACCUGCGGCUGCACCCGGAGCUGUCGGGGCCCGGCGUGGCGGCCAAGGUGCUGGCGGCCAGCGUCCGGCGGGCCAAGGGGCCCGAAGAAGCGGUGGCGGCGGACGGCGAGAUCGCCAUCCCGGUGGGCGACGGCGAGGGCAUCAUCGUGGUGGGCGCGCCGGGCGAGGGGGCGGCGGCCGCGGCAGCCAUGGCGGGAGCAGGGGCCAAGGCCGCGGGGCCCCGGUCGCGGCGCGCCCCGGCCCCCAAGCCGUAUGUGUGUCUGGAGUGCGGGAAGGGCUUCGGGCACGGGGCCGGGCUCCUGGCGCACCAGCGGGCCCAGCACGGGGACGGGCUCGGGGCGGCGGGGGGCGAGGAGCCGGCCCACAUCUGCGUGGAGUGCGGGGAGGGCUUCGUGCAGGGCGCCGCGCUCCGGAGACACAAGAAGAUCCACGCCGUGGGCGCGCCCUCGGUCUGCAGCAGCUGCGGACAGAGCUACUACCGGGCCGGGGGGGAGGAGGAGGAGGACGACGACGACGAGGCCGCGGGAGGGCGGUGCCCCGAGUGCCGCGCUGGGGAGGGCCGGUAGGGGAGGGGCCCGGGGGGGGGGGCAGGGCCCCUCGGGCUUGGCGGGAACGACCAUGUGCAAGACCAAGAGACCCAGGGAGAAGCGGAUGGGGUGCGAUGGACCCCGCGGCGUCCCGAGCCCCACGCCCUCCUCUGUCCCCGUGCCGUCCACGUGGGGCACUGGGGGGCAUUAGGGCCAGUUCACUUCUCCGCCUCGACUCUGCCCCCCUCAGCCUGGCCCGCCCUUCCUAGGUUCUCGGCCUGCGAGCCGGAGACAGACAAUGGAGAGAAUUGGAGAGGCCGAGCGGCUACCAGGCCUCAAGUGGAAGGCCAUUUUCCCUCCUCUUCCUCAGUUGUCCUGGGUGGGGGUGGGGGUGCUGCGAGGAAUGGAGAAACCAGGCCCGUUGCGUUUAGAGGGUCCCAGAGAGGGAAGGGAAAUAGGGGCCCUUUUCUUUUAGAGUUUUCUUUUAUUCAGCCCACCUUUUGACUCUCCCCGCCCACCCCAAUCCAUUUUUUUUUUCCGGCUUCCGGGUCCCGUCCUUUCUUAGAGCUCGAGUCGUUCCUUCCCCUCCUGGAUUCCGGGUAGCAGAGGUGGCCCCUGUGCCCCGCAGAGCCCCGCAGGAGGCGGGUGCCCGUUUAUCCCAGGCCUGGGCGUGGUGGAGGAAGGGGUGCUAGAACAAUAAAUAGCACUAUCCAAACGUC